UGCAGAUCCCGGAGCUCCGUCUCCUCGCGCCGCACUCCGGCUCUCCGCUUCCACAGGAGCCUCGAACAACUCGCACCUCUCCAGCAAAACAGGGCUGUGUUUGUUGAGACUCCCGCCGAGCCAAUCCGCGCGCCGUUGCCCCUGGCAACCGUGUCCAUCAUUCGUCGACGCCCAAUAAGCGACGGGGGCGGCGCGGAGUCCAGGUGCGCCUCGGCGUCCACUUGGCAGAGCGCCUGGGAGCCGCCUAUGGGCAGGAGCGGAUCUGUCAAAUGCGAGGUUCCUUUAAUAAGAGCGACCAGUCCGGCUCCGGGAGUCAUGGCGACCGCAGCGUCUAACCACUACAGCAUCCUCACCUCCAGCGCAUCCAUCGUGCACUCGGAGCCCGGCGGCAUGCAGCAAGCCACGGCGUACCGGGACGCGCAGAGCUUGUUGCAGAGCGACUACCCGCUGCAGAGCAACAGCCACACGCUCAGCCACGCGCACCAGUGGAUCACGGCGUUGUCCCACGGAGAGGGGACCCCGUGGUCCUCGAGCCCCAUCGGCGCCGAGCAGGACAUCAAGCCCGCAGUGCAGGGCGCCAGGGAGGAGAUGCACAAUUCCAGCAGCAGCCUGCAGCACCAGUCUCGGCCGCCGCACCUGGUGCACCAGGCGCACGGGAACCACCACGACGCGCGGGCGUGGAGGACCACCACCGCGGCGCACAUACCGAGCAUGGCGACGACGAACGGCCAGAGCCUUAUUUACUCCCAGCCGGGCUUCGGCGUCAACGGGCUGAUCCCGGGGAGCGGCCAGGGGAUGCACCACCACAACCUGCGGGACAGCCACGAGGACCACCACAGCCCGCACCUCAGCGAGCACGGCCACCCCGCGUCCCAGCACCAGCAUCAGCACCGGUCGCAGAGUCACCACGACCACUCGGACGAGGACACGCCGACGUCGGACGACCUGGAGCAGUUCGCCAAGCAGUUCAAGCAGCGGAGGAUCAAGCUGGGCUUCACGCAGGCGGACGUGGGACUCGCCCUGGGGACCCUGUACGGAAAUGUGUUUUCCCAAACGACCAUAUGCAGGUUUGAGGCCCUGCAGCUCAGCUUCAAAAACAUGUGCAAACUGAAGCCGCUGUUGAACAAGUGGCUGGAGGAGGCGGACUCCACCUCGGGCAGCCCGACCAGCCUAGACAAGAUCGCGGCGCAGGGCAGGAAACGGAAAAAACGGACCUCGAUCGAGGUGAGCGUAAAGGGAGCUUUGGAGAGCCAUUUUUUGAAGUGCCCUAAGCCGGCCGCGUCGGAAAUAAUCAGCCUGGCGGACAGUCUUCACCUGGAGAAAGAAGUGGUGAGAGUUUGGUUUUGUAACAGGAGACAGAAGGAGAAGCGCAUGACCCCUCCCGGAGGAGCGCUGCCGGGCAGCGAGGAUGUGUACGGGGACACGCCGCCGCACCACGGGGUCCAGACCCCGGUCCAAUGAACUCUACCGGACCGCUCCUCCAGGACUUGUUCAUCGGUUUUUAUUUUAUUAUUAUUAUUAUUAUUAUUAUUAUUAUUAUUAUUAUUAUUAUUAUUAUUAUUAUUAUUAUUAUUGUUAUUAUUAUUUAUCCCUGAGGUUAUAUAUAAAUCACUGGACUAUGAGACGAUCUAGUGAGUGUUUUAUGUAUAAUAGAUUGCAGUGAGCACCUCCACGAUAUCUGCAGUGAAUGUGUGAGAGAUGAAGGGAGGAGGGGGGACACAUGCCCAGCACUGUGAGUCGACGAGGUUUCAAGGUGUAGCCCCCUUGUUGUGUAUUCAAAAUUAUAUUUGACUCAAAAAAUAAUAAUAAAAUUAAAACAUACAAAAAAAAAUUAAAUAAAAUAAAAAUCUAUAUAUUAAAAAAACAGAAAGGGAGGGAGGUUUUUUUUGUUUUUGUUUUUUUUUUUUUUUUUUUUUUUUUUAGAUGAAAAGCCUAGCAGAAUAGUUUCCACUUUUCUAUCAACUCCGACAUCAUUGUUGAGCGGGUUAGUUUGUGGCUGCGCGUCCUGCAGCGAAGGGGCCACUGGGGGCGAGGAGAGGGCAGGGGCCUGGGGGCCAGACAGGGGUCACAGAAAGCUGCGUUAAUGGAGUGAAGUGGCUGCAAACCCAGUCCAGUGGAGUCCCAUCUGUCAGCACAGAGGUCAGCUGCCACUCAUCUAUUAUUAUUAUUAUUAUUAUUAUUAUUAUUAUUAUUAUUAUUAUUAUUAUUAUUAUUAUUAUUAUUAUUAUUAUUAUUGGUCAUACUCCGACCUCUGCAAUUAGCGGCGUGAACAAUGUAAAAAAAACAACCGCUCUGUUUUUUUUUUUUGUUUUGGUUUUUUUUUUCUAAACCAUCACAACCAGUUCAAUAACAUGAUCUCCUCCAUCAAAGCGUUUGUUCUGCUCGUAGAAGAAGAAAAAGAAGAAGGAGGAGGAGCAGAAGAAGAAAAGGCUCCACGGCGAUUGAUUGGACUAUCUGGCACUUUUCCCACGAUAAGAUGGGCUCUAGAUAUCUCAGCAAAAUAAAAAUGAAUAAAUAAUAAUGAGAAGAAGAAGACGGCAGCAAAAACAUUCGGAUUCAAAUCUGUAAAUAUUGUACAACUUUAAACAAAAUGUUAUGGAUUUUUAUCCCCAUUUUUUAAAAAAAUAUAUAUAUAAUUUCUUCACUUGGGCACUUUUAUUUUUGUUUUAUUCUACCCCCCCCCCCCCCCCUCCCCUUACAAUUAGAUUUAUUUAUUUAUUUAUUUUUUUUUCAUUAUUGAGUCUCAGAAUCCAGCUUUGUGUUCGCGUGCUGUCGCUCGAACUUUACUCUCAAAUGCGUUUUUUGUUUGUUUGUUUUUUUAUUUUCUUUUUUUGCGCAUUUAAUUUGCAGCUCGUGAGUUAUUGAUUUAAAUGUCAGCUAAUUCAUUUUUGGUUUGAGUCGCUUCCCGUCCUCUCUGAGUGGAAAACAAAACCAAUUCAAAACACAAAACAGCGCUUCAGAACCGGAACCGAGACAGAUUAUUAAUAUUUAAAAACGCUCAGAAAUAAUUAAAAUGU